AGAGAACAAAACAAAGCACCGACCUCUUAUACACUUCAGGAAUCUUCACGUAAUUCCAUUCUUCAAGUGAGAGAAAUCUGUAUGUAUAUCUGUACAAGUAUGUAUAGACAGAGAGAGAGAGAGAGGGAGAGAGGGAGGGAGGGAGGGUGCGUGAUUAAUUAUUGCGGAGAGAGUUGGGUGAGAGGCCGAGGGCGAUGGAUAUAUCGACGAUCGCGGCGCCGUCGAUGUUCCCGGGGUUUCGAUUCUCGCCGACGGACGAGGAAUUGAUAUCGUAUUACCUGAAGAAGAAGAUCGAAGGCUCUGACAAGUGCGUCGAGGUUAUUCCCGAGGUCGAGAUCUGUAAAUACGAGCCUUGGGACCUACCAGCCAAAUCUGUUUUUCACUCAGAGAAUGAGUGGUUCUUCUUUUCUUCUCGUGGGAGAAAGUACCCCCAUGGCUCACAAAACAAGAGGGCAACGGAAUCUGGGUACUGGAAAGCUACUGGGAAAGAACGCAAUGUGAAGUCAGGUUCUAAUGCGAUCGGCACAAAAAGAACUUUGGUGUUCCAUACAGGUCGAGCACCAAAAGGGGAGCGGACAGAAUGGAUCAUGCAUGAGUAUUGUAUGAGUGGAAAUUCUCAGGAUUCUAUGGUUGUUUGUCGAAUUCGAAAGAACCCCGAUUUCCGAUUGAAUGAGAGUCCAAGGCAAGAUUCUUCAAAUCAAAGGCAGUUAUCAACUGAGAACAGUAGUGAUGUUACACUGUCUGAAGUUGGCGUUGAACAAUUAGACUUAUUGGAAAAAGCCAAGGCAGUUGAAAGUUGUUCAAAAGAGUGCAGCGGCAGUUAUGAUUCUCAUUCAGUUGAGCAACAAAAUGAUCCGGGUUCUGAAUCUGAUUGGGAACUAGCAAAUGAGUUCUCUCACCUUGGUUCCUCCAGCCACCAGCAGGGCUUGGAUGACGACGAUUGUUUUGCUGAGAUACUGAAAGAUGAUAUUAUCGACCUUGGAAAACCUAUACGGCCUCCAACUCCUGAUAUCUUACCAAUAGGUGCAGAGAAAACCCAGAACGAGAAGUGGCUUCAGCAGCCAACACAAUCAAACCCAUUACAUGUCCUUCCUCUCGAAGGCAAAGCAAACCGAAGAAUCAGAUUGGGGCAGCAAAAACAAGAAAACUACCAUGUUGAGCCGGAGGUUGAAGCAAGCAAUGGCUACUCUGUUGAGGAGUUUCUCCGUCCAAACUCAGAGCAACCGCCAAGCUGUUUGUUGGGCUUAGUUUUAAACCGAAGAGUCGAUUGUCGUCGUCUGUCUGCAGUCUUCGCCGCCAUACUAACCUUGUUGGUCUGUCUGUGUCUUUAUUGGGGGUACCGUCGCGAGGGGUACCGUCGUGAGUCAAGAAGUUCAAAUAUGCUUGCUUAUUAUGAGAAGAAGCCAAUGUGAAUAGUAUGGUCGUCAUCUGUCUGCAGUCUUCGCCUCCAUACUAACCUUGUUGGUCUGUUUGUGUCUUUGUUGGGGGUACCGUCGCGAGUCAAGAAGUUUAAAUAUGCUUACUUAUUAUGAGAAGCAGCCAAUGUGAAUAGUAGGGGGGCUUGUUUCUCAGAACAUUGUACAUAUUGAGGGUGAAUAAGAAGGUGUUGAUAUAUCA